AGCAAAUACUUUUUAGUACUAUUCCUACAUCUGACUGUAUUUCAUCACGGGAGCUCAGACAUCGGCGCGCACCAAUCACGUCUACAUCGGCUAUCAUUUAUCCAUUAAUUUCUAGCUCCUCGAAAACCAUCACCAAUUCUUCAACUCCCCCAAACCCACCGUACUGACUGCCAUCGACACCAAAGUCUUAGGUCAUCGCCUGGGACCAUUGAGUCAGUAAAUGCGCGAGAGAAAUGCCUCGUCGGUAUCCUAUGUUGAAACGGUAGCUGGUUUCACCGCUGGAACCGUGUCGACACUAUGUCUGCAUCCGUUGGAUCUCGUCAAGACGCGACUACAGAUCGAUUCCAUAUCCCGGUCUCGUGUCGGUGGCUCGAUCCGCCUCAUUCGCAAUGUCUAUAAAACUGAAGGCGGCAUCGCCGCGUUCUACCGAGGACUGUCACCAAAUAUAAUCGGGAAUUCGACGAGCUGGGCUGCGUACUUUUUGUUUUAUGGGAAUAUCAAAGACUUCUUGAGACAUGAGAAAGGGGUCGAUAGCGAGGAUGGACUGGGAGCGUCGGGAUAUUUCCUGGCUUCAGGCGCAGCAGGCGUAUUGACAUCCAUCCUCACGAAUCCAGUAUGGGUCAUCAAAACCCGUAUGCUGUCGACCGGGUCGAGUGCCCCCGGCGCCUACCCAUCCUUCAUAGCAGGCGCUCGCCAAAUCCUAGCAUCCGAAGGUCUCGCUGGAUUCUAUCGCGGUCUCGUCCCAUCUCUAUUUGGCGUCAGCCACGGCGCAUUCCAGUUCAUGGCUUACGAAAAACUGAAAUCACAUCGAUUGAAGACCGUGCGAGAGCUGGGUAAUUUGGAUUUUCUCUUUAUAUCCGGAUUAUCCAAGAUCUUUGCUGGGUGUAUUACCUACCCGUAUCAGGUGCUGAGGACUCGACUGCAGGCGUAUCAUGCAUCUCUUGUAUACCGAGGCGGUGUCUGGGAUGUGAUGCGGCAGAUUUGGAGACAGGAAGGUAUCACGGGGUUUUACAAGGGAUUGGGGCCUAAUUUAGUCCGUGUGCUGCCGAGCACUUGGGUGACGUUCCUGGUGUAUGAGAACACAAAAGGCCUUCUACUGUGAACUGACAGCCGUCAGUGUAAUAUAUGAAUGAUGUAUGUAAUAUAUAAUAAUGGAUCAAGAACGGAU